AAAGUUACACAUGUGUUAAUAUUAAAAUUGUUUUUCUGUAUACCUUUGUAAAUAAACAAUAUAUUUAUUACAAAAUGGUUAAACCGAAACGUAAGGAUGGAGAUAACAGAGCUAUUAGAAGGAAACCCGGUGUGCAGGGAAAACCUUUUAAACAUGAAAAGCAGCAAUAUAAAUCAAAUAAAUCCCAUUUGCCCAACGCAACGCAGUGGCGCCGUAAAAAGCCGCAGGAUGAAGCACGAAAACAAAAACUGAAGGAGCGUGAGGAAUUAAGAGUUCAGAAAAUUGCGGAGGCCAAAGCGGAAAAGGAGCGUGUUCAACGCGAAAAGGAGGAGCGUGUGCGCAAUUACAAAAAGAAACGUUUGGAAAAGACAAAAGCGAUUAGCAAAAAAACACAACGUGGACAGCCGCUAAUGAAAGAUCGUAUGGAGCUGUUGCUUAAGAAGAUACAAGAAAUGAAGCGUACAGGAUAGUUAAUUAAUCUACAUUAAUUAGACUGUAUGUAGAUGUACAUACAUAAAUAGAUUAUAAGUUGUAUAUGUAUUUUUUUAAGAAAAUAGUUUAAAAAGUAAA